AUGGGAGCAAUUGAUCUCUCUUUCUCACAGAGUCUCCUCUUAUCUCCGUCGCGUGCCAAUACUACCUACUCCAGCCACCGUUCCGUCUCAUUUCUCCCGCCGGGAAGCAAACCACGGUGUCUCCCGCCGUUGCGUUCAAUGAGCCAUGACGACGACGACACUGCCUCAAAGGAAGCGAAGCUUUGGGGUGGAAGGUUCGAGGAGAGUGUCACAGAGAAAGUCGAGAAGUUCACCGAAUCAAUUUCAUUCGAUAAAGUUCUUUACAAGCAAGACAUUAUGGGUAGCAAAGCCCACGCUACAAUGCUAGCUCACCAGGGGCUUAUAAUUGAUAGCGACAAGGAUAGCAUUUUGAGAGGUCUUGAUGAUAUCGAGAGACAGAUUGAAUCUGAUAAAUUUGAAUGGAGGACUGAUAGAGAAGAUGUGCACAUGAACAUUGAAGCAGCUCUUACUGAUCUAAUUGGUGAACCUGCGAAGAAACUUCACACAGCACGGAGCAGAAAUGACCAAGUUGCUACUGAUUUCAGGCUUUGGUGUCGUGAUGCUAUCGAUUCGAUUAUUGUCAAAAUCAAGAAUCUUCAGACAGCAAUGGUUGCAUUGGCUUUGAAGAAUGAGGCUUUGAUAGUCCCUGGUUAUACUCAUCUUCAAAGGGCUCAGCCUGUUUUACUUCCACAUGUCCUCUUAACUUAUGUUGAGCAGCUCGAACGUGAUGCUGGUCGUUAUAUUGACUGUCGUGAGAGGCUAAAUGUCUGUCCUUUAGGAGCUUGUGCUUUGGCUGGAACUGGUCUACCUAUCGAUAGGUUUAUGACUGCAAGUGCUCUUGGAUUUACCGAACCAAUGAGAAACAGCAUCGAUGCUGUUUCAGACCGAGAUUUCGUGUUGGAGUUCUUAUAUGCAAAUUCCAACACAGCCAUUCAUCUUUCACGCCUUGGAGAAGAGUGGGUACUCUGGGCCUCGGAGGAGUUUGGUUUCAUGACUCCAAGCGAUUCUGUGUCAACCGGAAGCAGUAUAAUGCCACAGAAGAAGAAUCCAGACCCAAUGGAGCUUGUCAGAGGAAAAUCUGCUAGAGUCAUAGGCGAUCUGGUCACUGUCCUAACACUGUGCAAGGGACUUCCACUUGCUUACAACCGAGAUUUUCAAGAAGAUAAAGAACCGAUGUUCGAUAGUACAAAGACAAUAAUGGGGAUGAUCGAUGUUUCUGCAGAAUUUGCCCAAAAUGUUACAUUCAACGAAGAGAGAAUCAACAAAAGUCUUCCUGCUGGACACCUUGAUGCUACUACUCUCGCCGAUUACCUUGUGAAAAAGGGGAUGCCUUUUAGGUCAUCUCAUGACGUAGUUGGGAAACUAGUUGGAGUAUGCGUCUCAAGAGGCUGCGAACUUCAGAACCUAAGUCUUGGAGAGAUGAAAAAGCUGAGCCCUGUGUUUGAAGAAGAUGUGUUUGGAUAUUUGGGCGUCGAAAAUUCAGUCAAUAAGUUCAGUUCCUACGGGUCAACUGGAUCGAACUGCGUUGCUGAGCAACUUGGCUACUGGGUCAAGAAGCUGAACAUUACUACCACCUGA